AUGGUUCGUCGACCAUUGUUGACCAGCCUUUUCUUGGCACUUCUUGGCGCGUUCGGAUCGCUACCCUUUCUCCGCUUCUCGCCGGGCCUGCCAAGGCAUCCGCGAGACCGUGGGGUGACUGCAGGCGAGGCGGCCAGAAAGGGGAAGGUUGCAAGUGCACCGAGCGACCCGCCCAAGCGGCCGCUGACGUCCUACUUGCGUUUCUGCAAAGAAGAGCGCGCGAAGGUCAUGAAACGGUUGGGCAAAAGUGCGGAAGUAAAGGACAUCACACGCGAGCUUGGAGCACUGUGGCGCCAGCUCUCAGCGAAAGCGAAGAAGCCCUAUGAAGACGAAGCAAAGGAGGAGUUCGAAGAGUAUCGGAAGCAGAAGGCAGCUUUCCUCGACGCUGGUGGCACCAUGCCGCAGCGGCGCAUGCCGCAGCGGCGCCAGACCAAGCCGAAAAAGGACCCAAACAAGCCCAAGAGGCCUGGCAGUGCCUACAACCUGUGGGUCGCGGACAACUACAAGCAGGUGCAAGAGAAGCGCCCGGACUUCAAGGCGACGCAAGUGAUAGCACAGCUAGGCAGCGACUGGAAGAAAGUCACUCCUGCCACAAAAAAGAAGUACGAGCAGCUGAAGGAGAAGAAGCUCAAAGAGUAUCAGAAGGCACUGGAGAAGUACCAGGCUUCAGAAUGA